AUGGAUCGCGUUGUUUUGAUGAAGUUGUCGGUCAUUUUUCAGCAGCAACUGUUGUGUUUGCAAUCCGCUGAGAGUGAAUGUUUAAAAGCAAAGGAGAGAAGGAUCCGACAGUACGCGGCCGCCAGGAGGAGACGGCUGCGGAGGGUCAUGUUGAUGCAGCGGCAGAUCAACACUGUUUUUCUGGCUAGAAUGGGAACUAUGUCAUCAAAGAGGAGCGUAUGGGUCCGACAGAAGAGUGAUGCGUGGUGGAGACAAGUGGCCACAACUCCAACGGCAGACUAUGGUUAG